CACCCCCUUCCUGGCUCUUUGCAGAAGUGUGCGCAGACCCAUUUCCCCGCUGCCGUGGAAGUAGGACUGAGGUAACGCCAAGGACUUUAGCGUCCAGGAACAAUGUAACAAACUUGGGUAAUCUCUACCAAAUCCUAACUGGACUACAGUGUUUUUUUCUUGUUAACUUUUUGUUUUUAAUCAAAUAAAUCAUCAUGGUUUUCAGUGAGCGCCUUUCCUUGGAGCGCAGAAUACGCAGGGUCGUUUUGGCACUACUGCUUUGCGCACAGGCCGGUUUAGGCUUCUCAGUUGCCGGUCAGCAGGAAGGCACCUGCGAGGCAAACGGCAGCCUAUACUUCGUGGGGGAAUGGUAUUUUCUGGACUCUGAUCACUGCACCCAGUGUGAAUGCACCACUGAAGGCUCCGCAUGUUCCCGCACUGAGUGCACCUCUCUCCCGGCUGCGUGCAUCCAUGUCAGCCACUACCCCACCGACUGCUGCCCCAGGUGCGAGAAGAUCGGGUGUGAGUACCGAGGAGUGGUGUACGAACUGGGGCAGAACUUCCAGCCAUCAGAAUGUGAGCAGUGCACUUGUGAGAAUGAUGGCAUCGCUCGCUGUCUAGUUGCAGAUUGUGCCCCUCCACCAUGUGUCAACCCUGAUUACCAGCCUGGGAAAUGCUGCCCUGAGUGCAAGGAGGGUCCUAACUGCUACGUUGAUGCAUCACGCAGCCGGGUGAUUCCUGCAGGAGAGCCGAUCUGGGUCGACUCCUGCACAAAGUGCCGUUGUCACGACGGCCAGGAUGCCGGCUACUGGGAGGGAAACCGUCUCGCCACCUGUUCUCGCCUCAAAAACUGUACGCCUGAACAACCAUCCACCAAGAAAAACUGAUUAACUCUGUCAGCACAGAACCAGCUGUUAGCCUAUAACAUAUACAAUCCCUGAUGGCUGAUCAACUUCCAUCUCUAAGAACAUGCUGAACCCUCCUGUGCAGCUGGAAAUGGAUAAUCUGCAAACUUAAAAAAAAAAGAUCCAACAAAAUCAUUUUUAAAAUCGCUAAAAACCUUCAAAGCAGAUCAGCUGCCAUUCCACAAGAAGUUUUCAUCCAAGAUUUAUGCAACACUGGUGAGAUCCACUGAAUUUGUCACUUUGGUGCCAAUAAUAAGCUUUUAGCUGCAUAUUAUAAACAAUGUCGAAAUUCAAGGCUGACUUACAAACUGGUCAAAGCUCGUCAGUGGGUUUUGGGUUUGGACAAUUUGAUAAACAAUGUCAAAGUACAAUAUUAACAAAGGCAUUAUUAUCUAACAGUAUGGUCCUGUCAUGAAGACGGGCUCUCUGUCAAUAUCUAAAUAUAACACCUUUAUUAGUUUAGUUUAUAUUGUGUUUCCAUGGUGCAUAUUUCCAAAUGUUGUAGUGUUUAAUCAAAUAACCCCAAACUAACUGAGUCACAGACACUUUGUGGCCAUGUACGCAAUGCAUUCUGGGUGCUUGGUGGUGGAUCAAUAGGCCCCCUAAUAACUUAAUCCGGCAUCAUGGAUGUAAAGAAGAACAUAUAAGACGUUAUCUUUAGUAAAGAAGAUGAAUUGUAGUCCUUUAAACCUCUGAACAUAGUAAGAUGUUUGAUUUACAGUUUCUUAAACACCCUCAGCCCCUGAGCCUACUGUAAUGUUUGUACUCCUACAGAAAAGCCCAUCAAUAAACAAAUCUGAAAGGAACUAGAACAAACAAACGUGACCGCAGAUAUUUACCCUUUUAUAUUUUAUCUGCCUGUCCAUGGGCUUCUUCAAAAAGUCAAGAGAGGAAAAGAGACUAAUAUGAUUUUAUAGCAGUUACUGUCGUUACCCGGGAGGCAUACUUUUUAAUUUCCAAACACCUGCUUUGGGAAACAACUGGCAACAAAGCCAAUGAGAUUAUUGGAUGAUAAGAAAUUGUAAUCGACCUGCCACGGGUUGAUGCACCAGCCUAAUGUGUGCACAGCUGUGAUGAUUUAGACCAGGAAAUGGCUUAGCAAAGCAAUUAACAAUUUCCAGGCUAAUUGAAAUAUAACGUAAGAGACUUUGGCCUAACAUAUGACUGUACACUAGUUGUAGACACGAGCGAUGUUUGUUCCUUGUGCAUGUACACUGUAGAGCAGGAAAAACAUUCUGUAAUUAACUGCUUUAUUGAUUUUUCAUGAGAACGAAUGUGCAGCCUUUCUUAGAAACAGCCUUCUUGUUAUUUCCACUGUUAUCAAAGUGUACAUUUAGCAUUUACCUUGCAAGAUCCUUGUAUUGUCAUUUUAUAUCGGUUUAUAUGACGCAGAUCUUCCUGCGGUUAUUUGUCAAUAACUAGCAGUUGAAUUAUGAGGGACCUUUGAAUGAAAACCAAAAAUAA